AUGAAGGACGAUGUUAUGGGCGGAGCGGAGGAUUCCGAUGUGUCUGUUGAUGAUGAGAGUCUUUCGAAUGUUACUAAGCAGAAGGUAGCGGCUGCGAAACAGUAUAUUGAGAACCAUUACAAGGAACAGAUGAAGAGUCUUCAAGAGAGGAAGGAGCGGCAGACCGUCUUGGAAAAGAAGUUGGCUGAUGCAGAUGUCUCCGAGGAAGAUCAAAAUAACCUACUUAAGUUUCUAGAGAAGAAGGAAACUGAAUAUAUGCCUGUUAAUGUACAAACUGGUGAGGAGGUAGCUGUCAAGCUGGAGCCUGUGAAGACCAAGCAUCCGCAGCUUCACUAUGAAUCAAAAUUGUAUAUGCUUCUUCAAGGAGGAACUGGGGUGCCUCACCUGAAGUGGUUUGGAGUUGAGGGAGACUACAAUGUGAUGGCGAUCGACCUUCUUGGACCUAGUCUGGAAGAUCUGUUCAAUUAUUGUAACCGGAAGUUAACAUUGAAGACAGUGUUAAUGCUUGCUGAUCAAUUAAUUAACAGGGUUGAAUAUAUGCAUUCAAGAGGUUUCCUUCACCGUGACAUAAAGCCAGACAAUUUUUUAAUGGGCCUAGGACGUAAAGCAAAUCAGGUCUACAUCAUUGACUAUGGCCUCGCCAAAAAAUUCAGAGAUCUUCAGACUCAUAAGCACAUACCAUACAGAGAAAACAAGAACCUUACAGGAACAAAAAUUUUCAACUAG